AUACAAACGCAAACAAAAAAAAACCACUGCAUAAUUGAUAAUUUUCCUUAUUUUUUUUAUUGUAAUAAUUGUAAAUGUGUCGACUGUAUUGCAAAAGAGAAAUUUUCUGGGAAAAAAAGAAUGCUUUUGGAAAAAAUCAAGUAGAAUCUGUUUAAAGUGAAAUGUUAUUCUUAACACAAGAAAUAAUAGUGAAAGAAAUUGUCAACUAACAGAGAGAAAGUUAUUUUUAUUUAGAGGUUAAAAUUAAAAUUGUGACACUUUUCGUUUUUCGUGCUGUGCGGUGCAACGGGUGCAACGAAUUUAAAAAUAAAAUAUAGUUUAAUUAUAAAUUUCAAAUGACAAUUAUGAAAUAGUUUUCAUGUUUUUGUAACAUAACCUUUAAAAAAGCCACCGGUCAUGUAGAUGGAAAACUAUAACAUUAAAUUAUAAGAAAUUUUGCAUUUUUAACAAAGUUUCUAAUCAAGUUUCAUCAUUUUCUAACUUGUUCAAACAAAGUUUGACAUUAUUACGCAUUGAAAACUGCGAAUUCAAUGAAAAUACUUUAAGGUUAUUCAAGGUCUGUCGAUUAAACUUUGUUCUUAUGACUUUUAAUCGAUAAAAAGUUGACACAAAAACACAGCAUCAUGAGUAAUAUGCAGAAUUCAACAAUGAUGGCAGUUGCUCUUAGUGCAACUGUCGGGGUCAUAACAGCGGCAACAUUAUUUAUUUACAAUAAAAUUAUCGAAGAAAAGAAACAACAUAAGGCAAUGGAUCAUAAAGUCGAUCAGGUCAAUCGAAAAGUCAUUGAACUACAGGCCGAAUUAAAUGCAUUAAGAUUACAGCAGAAGCAGCAGAGGAGUAGAAGGAAAAAAGUGAUGGGGAGUCGUCAAACUUUGUCUGAAGGAACUACGUAUAACGGCACUGAUAACGAAACUGAUGCCGAUGCUUAUUCAAUAGCGGGAACGGAUGUUGGAGACGAUGAGUUUUUCGAUUGUUCCGACAGUGAAGGAGGCGGUGCUGGAGAUCUCGAUAAUAGGGCAGGAGAAAUGAAUGUCGUGAAUUUGAUACUCGCUAAUCUCGAUGAAGACAGGAAGGACAAAACUUUGCACACCGAUGUUUAUUUUAAAUUAAAAUCGUUAGCUAAUUCUCAUCCCAAUGAUGUGGAAAUUGUUUGGAGGCUCGCAAGAUCUUGUCACGAUUGCUGCAAUAAUGCGACUGAAUUGGAAACUGAAAAGGAAUUUAUCUUUGAAGGCAUUGAGGUAUGUAAGUCAUUUCUAGAAAUUCCGCACGCCGAUCUUUACAAGUGGUACGCAAUUCUCGUGGGAUCGAGAGGAAAAUUUAUGAAGACCAAAGAUAAAAUAGUCGACGGUUAUGUUUUUGCUGAGUAUGUAGAAAAGGCAAUGGAACUUCGACCAGAAGACAGUGCCGUACACCAUCUUUUGGGCAGAUUUAAAUUUGAAAUAUCCAAUUUAACUUGGAUCGAGAGAAAAGUUGCGUCAACUUUAUUUGCAAAGCCUCCAAGUGCCUCGUACGAAGAUGCGAUCGUGCAUUUCAAGAAAGCCGAAUUGUUAGCAAAAGAGCCAUUCCUGGAGAAUAAACUUUUCCUCGGUAAAUCACAUAUCGCUCUCGGACAAUAUAAAGAAGCUGUUAAAUAUUUAAAUGAAAUUUACGAGAUGCCAGUAAGUGAUGAGGAGAAAAUUCUAGCCGAAGUGAAAGAACUUUUAGAUAAAUAUUCCGGUUAUUUAUUAUAGCCAUAAGGUUCGAUCAUUCCAUUUAUUUUAUAAAUAAUAAUUCAAGUGAAAGUGCAUUAUUAAAAUGUGAUUCGAUGCUCUCGAUGAAUCUUCUCAAGAUUCUACAUAACUGGAAUCUUAUAUCUCUAAUAACUAAAUUCACAUCUUUUUUGUGAAUCUUUUCUUUUUUAUUUUUUAGAAAACAAUUUUGUUAAAUUAGGCCAAAUUUUACAUAUUUUUAUCCGAAGAACUGUUUUUUAGGAAACUCUUUUUUUUAAUCUAAUUUUUUACAUUCAUUUUAUUCUCAUUUUCAAAACUUUUUGUCUCUUUUUGCUUCCACAUGAGGGAAGCUUUUUUAUUCAUAUUUUUUUUUUUUUUUUUGUAAGAAAUAUUUUUAAAAAUCUCAAUUUUAUUUCUAAUUUAUUUUUUUAACUUGUGUAUGUGACUUUCUAGAAAUUAAUGGGCUCAAUGUUAAUUAGCACAAAGUUUAGUAAAAAGGUUUCUUGAUUUCAAAAUGAAAAUUUAUUAAUGCAAACUUUUAUUUUUUAAAAUUUCAUGCAAUAUCGAAUUAGUGUGAAUGUCAGUGUCAUAAAAUUUUAAGAUUCGACGCUCUUGAAAAUUGGAAGGGAAAAUUAUUUGAAUAGAGAAGAAAUGGGGAAAUUGAAAUUUAAAGGAAUUGUGAAAAGUUGAUAAAAAUGUUUAUUUCCAAUUUUUAUGAGACUAAGCUUAUCGAUACGGUCUUUAA